AUGGGCGGUCGCGAUUGGCGCCCGCUGGUCGCGCGCGCGCUUCUCCUCGGCGGAAGGGACGCGCAGUUCGGGGAAAGCGCGGGAAGAAGGGGGAGUCGCCGCGGAUUUGCCCUUCCCAUAGGACGCUCCGCGACCGCGGAGGCAGCGGCGGAAGCGAACAGGGGGAGGGGGCAGGUACAGGCCACAGAGGGGCGGCCGUUGGGAGCACCGAGUGCGGAUUUUCUCGCGCUGUGCCACGCGCAGCUGGACGUGAUGGGGGUGGCUCUGCGCUGCUGCGGCUCCCAGCCCACGAGAAUUACAGUGAGUGUGGGUUGCUGUGCUCGUGUAGUGUUUGCUCCUGUUGCCACGCACAGCUGGACGUGCUGGGGACUGCGCUGUGUGCGGUUCCCAGCCCACGAGAAUUACAGUGAGUGUGGGUUGCUGUGCUCGUGUAUUGUUUGCUUCUGUUGCCACGCACAGCUGGACGUGCUGGGGACUGCGCUGUGCUGCUGCGGCUCCCAGCCCACGAGAAUUACAGUGAGUGUGGGUUGCUGUGCUCGUGUAGUGUUUGCUCCUGUUGCCUCGCACAGCUGGACGUGCUGGGGACUGCGCUGUGUGCGGCUCCCAGCCCACGAGAAUUACAGUGAGUGUGGGUUGCUGUGCUCGUGUAUUGUUUGCUCCUGUUGCCACGCACAGCUGGACGUGCUGGGGACUGCGCUGUGCUGCUGCGGCUCCCAGCCCACGAGAAUUACAGUGAGUGUGGGUUGCUGUGCUCGUGUAGUGUUUGCUCCUGUUGCCACGCACAGCUGGACGUGCUGGGGACUGCGCUGUGUGCGGCUCCCAGCCCACGAGAAUUACAGUGAGUGUGGGUUGCUGUGCUCGUGUAUUGUUUGCUUCUGUUGCCACGCACAGCUGGACGUGCUGGGGACUGCGCUGUGCUGCUGCGGCUCCCAGCCCACGAGAAUUACAGUGAGUGUGGGUUGCUGUGCUCGUGUAGUGUUUGCUCCUGUUGCCUCGCACAGCUGGACUUGCUGGGGACUGCGCUGUGUGCGGCUCCCAGCCCACGAGAAUUACAGUGAGUGUGGGUUGCUGUGCUCGUGUAUUGUUUGCUCCUGUUGCCACGCACAGCUGGACGUGCUGGGGACUGCGCUGUGCUGCUGCGGCUCCCAGCCCACGAGAAUUACAGUGAGUGUGGGUUGCUGUGCUCGUGUAGUGUUUGCUCCUGUUGCCACGCACAGCUGGACGUGCUGGGGACUGCGCUGUCUUUACCUGCGCACGCCAGAGAGCUUCCUUUCCGGGCAGAUUGAAUUGCUCCGAGUGGUGAGAAGGCUGCCCGGGGCCCGAGACAGGGCACGUUACCAAAGCACACAAGGGGGGGCGAUGGAGAUGGGAGGAGAAAGAGAGAAUGUGGGAGUGGAAAACGGGGAGGUGAAAGGGGUGAGUGAGGGGGAGGAGGAGGAGGAGGAUGAAGAGGAGGAGGUGGGGAAUGAGCCACCUAUUGCAAAACUGCCACCUUCGUUAGAAGCCGUACUUAUACAGAAAGAGGUGAUCUCACUGGAGAGCGAAGGUGCGCUGGUGGUGGCUCUGACAAGAGACUCUUUCCUGCUUGGCCUGCUCGUGCUGCACCGCCAACUUCUACCAGUGACACCCUCAGCUGCUGCAGCAGUGACUGAGGAGGAGGAGCAACGCCAGGAGGCUAGCGGCAGUAGCACAAGGCGAGAAGGGCCGGAAGGGGACCGAGGGGAGGGCUUAGGAGGAGCACGAAGGUCAGAUGGAGGAGAAGGAGGAGGUGCAGGAGGGGGAGGAGGGAGAGGAAGAAGGUCAGAAAGAGGAGUGGGUGCAGUGGUUAGACUGCAGCAGUGGGUGCUGAGACGACCAGAGAGGAGGGGAGAGGGUGAGAGAGGGAGAGAAGGAGUGCGGGAGGAGGAAGUGGGGAGUGUGGAAGGCAAAGGGAGGGCUGGGAGCGAGGGUGGAAAUCGGCAGGGGCAAGGAGAGGGAACGAGGGAGCAGAGGAGUGGGGAGGUGGGUGGGGAGGGAAAGGGAGGGCAGACAAACGGAGGGCAGGCGAACGGAGGGCAAGUGGGGGGAAGAGAGGUGGAGUGGAUGCAGUUGAAGGCGUAUGAGGAGGAGGAGCAGCGCGCAGCAGUGGGUGUGGCUCGCUCCCUUGCCUUCGCAUACGUCAUGGAACAGGUAAUGGUUUCUGAGGCGACUCAAUUGCUGGAAGGAACAGUGUGGGGUGGGUGGCGAUAUGGACAAGGAGGAAGGGUUCCUCUUCCACGCCACGGCCAGCACACUCUCUCAAGCUUCCACGGCACAGUUGACUUGAACCUCAACCCCCCCUGCUCGUCUCACCCAUCUCCUGUUGUCUCUGUCUCCUGCAUCCUGUCAUCCACCUCUCUCCCCUCCUGCCACCCACCUGCCACGUCAUCAGAGGGCGUGGAUGAUGCAGCAGUCGCUGUGGCAGCGCACAGUCACCAUCGACUCGCUUCUAGACCAGAUGGGAGGAUAGGCCUGCUUAGUCAUGCCUCCCCCUCUCCUUCCCCCCAUUCCUCCCCACCUCCCUCCCAUCCUCUCCUCCUCCCCUCCCACUCCCUCCUUCCCCCCAUCCCCGGUCCUCUCCCAUGUUUCCACGGCUUCCCCCUCACACAUCAGAUGCGCGCCCCCCUCUCCGCUCUGCGCACGCUGGGGCGAAUGCUCAUGCCGCAAGUGGCAAAGACAGAGUUGGGUCCCGACCUGGUGCAAGGCAUGGUGUCUCAGGGCGACGAGAUAGGCGAUGUGCUGUCGCAGCUGCAGCAGGCGCUCUACCCCCUGCCUCACCCCCCGGGUGCAGCAGUCACUGCAGCAGCAGCAGCAACAGAGGGGCCUGUGGGGCGAGGAGUUGCACAAUCCUUUCCCAGCACCACCAGCAGCACUGCUACCACCGCCACUACCAUCCCACACCAAUCUAUCCUGCCACCUCCCUAUCCUCACCGCACACAACUCCUCCUCCCCCCUUUGGCUGACACUGAGCUCCCCAUGCCGCCCCUCCUUCUGCCCGCCCCCCCUGCUGUCCCCCCUGCUGUCCCCCCUGCUGUCCCCCCUGCUGUCCCCCCUGCUGUCCCCCCUGCUGUCCCCCCUGCUGCCCCCCCUGCUGUCCCCCCUGCUGUCCCCCCUGCUGCCCCCCCUGCUGUCCCCCCUGCUGUCCCCCCUGCUGUCCCCCCUGCUGUCCCCCCUGCUGUCCCCCCUGCUGUCCCCCCUGCUGUCCCCCCUGCUGUCCCCCCUGCUGUCCCCCCUGCUGUCCCCCCUGCUGUCCCCCCUGCUGUCCCCCCUGCUGUCCCCCCUGCUGUCCCCCCUGCUGCCACUCCUGCUGUCCCCCCUGCUGUCCCCCCUGCUGCCACUCCUGCUGUCCCCCCUGCUGUCCCCCCUGCUGCCACUCCUGCUGUCCCCCCUGCUGUCCCCCCUGCUGCCACUCCUGCUGUCCCCCCUGCUGUCCCCCCUGCUGCCCCCCUGCUGUCCCCCCUGCUGUCCCCCCUGCUGUCCCCCCUGCUGUCCCCCCUGCUGUCCCCCCUGCUGUCCCCCCUGCUGUCCCCCCUGCUGUCCCCCCUGCUGUCCCCCCUGCUGUCCCCCCUGCUGUCCCCCCUGCUGUCCCCCCUGCUGUCCCCCCUGCUGUCCCCCCUGCUGUCCCCCCUGCUGUCCCCCCUGCUGUCCCCCCUGCUGUCCCCCCUGCUGUCCCCCCUGCUGUCCCCCCUGCUGUCCCCCCUGCUGUCCCCCCUGCUGUCCCCCCUGCUGUCCCCCCUGCUGCCACUCCUGCUGCCAAUCCACAAGCCUUGGGGGCGCUGUCUCGCCCACCCAACCUGCAGUGUGCACCGGGUGCUGCUGCCUCUGCUAGAUGUGGCUACAUCGCUCGCUGCUGUCUGUGAGAUUCGAUUCACUGUCAGCUACGGCUCCUCCAAUCCAAGGGCAGGCACAGAACCUGGUGUUGCCAGGCCUGUUGCUGCCGUGCCUGCUGCUGCCGAGCCUGAGGGUGCUUCUGUGGGCGGGGUGCUUAGUGGGAGAGAGAACUGGGGCGAGGGCGAGGAGAAAGAGGAGGCUGAACCAAGGGGUAGGAGAGCAAGAAGCUUAGGUGAGGAGUUGAGAGAAAAUGCUGAUGGGCAGGGUGGUUUGACUGGGGCUGUUGAUGAGGAUGGACGGUUGAGAUGGAGCGGUGGGAGCGAUGCAGGUGUAGGGUUAGGGAGAGAGGAGUAUGAGAGUGGAAUGGAUGAUGAUGAUGAUGCGGUUUAUGAAGCAAUGCUGGAGAGAUAUGUGGUGGGUAGGGGGGCUGAAGGGGUGACUUCUGAGUUGACUCAGAAGUCAGGGCUAGGGAGAGAAAACUAUGGGAGUGGAGCGGAUAGUGGUGGUGUUGUUUAUGAAGCAAUGCUGGAGAGAUACGUGGUGGGCAGAGGGGCUGAAGGGGAUAACUCUGAAGGAGGAGAAAGGGGGCGUUUGGUGGUUGCAGCAGAAGCAGCUGAAAGAAGCAGUGGCGAGGGGGAGGAGAGGGAGCAGCAAGGGCAUGCGCAUGAGGAGAGAGAGGAGGGAGGGGAGGGGGGAGAGGAGGAGGAAGAGGAGGAGUCAUGGAAGGUGUUGGGGCAUGAGAGUGACAUAAGGCGGCUGCUGCAGGGGGUGCUGGAUGCGGCACUGCACGCCACAGAGGGUGGUGGGUGGGUGCACGUGCACUGGCAGAGGGCGCCGGGGGGAGGGGUGCUGCUGCUGGUGGAGGACAGUGGCGUGGGCGUGCACUACCUGAGAGCGCCGGGAGGAGGCGUGCUGCUGGUGGUGGAAGACAGUGGCGUGGGCGUGCACUACCUGUCUGCCAGCCUGGCCUCCUCCUCCACUCAAAACCUGCCACCUGGCAAGCUGGCACGGGCUGCUGAUGCGCUGGCAGCAAUGGAGGUGGCAAGGGGAGUGGCAGAGGCGGUGGGGGCAGUGAUGCGAGUGCAAUCACCGCAUUUGUGCCCAGAAGCGCUGCGGCUGACUGAUCAGCACCUGUGGUGUGUGUCUGCUCUCACGAUCAAUAAUGUGCUCCCUUUCUGCAAGUAG